UUUCGAUUCGAAGAAUCUAAACUAUAGACAUGAAUUUUUAUAUAACAUGCAAUGUGGUCUUCACUCCGUAGAUCGCCUUUUCGAUCUCUACAAAGUAUCUCUAUCAAUUACCGUUUCAAUAAAUGCGCUCCUGAUUCACGAAAGUUUAUUGCCACAAUGGCAGAAAGGACCUACGAUGUUCGUUUUGUCAAACAUUGCUAUACGCCUGAUCAUGAAUUCUUCUCACCAUCAUUUAGGAUGCAGUCAAUGCCUUGAAUACACUUCAAACACCAUACGAAGUCCUCAAGAAGAGAUGGGAGGCUGGAAUCAAACUCGAUGAAGGAGCAAACCAGGAAAUGAGAGAGCACCUGACUCGGAUUGGAUACACCGUAUUUUUCAAUCUCCCACCUUGCCUUUUCGUCGCUGACUCACGCCUAGCAAGAUGAUCUCAGACGAUUGAACAUCGUUCACGUUGCUGGCACCAAGGGGAAAGGGUCUACGUGCGCUUACGUAGACUCGAUAUUGAACCGUUAUAGAGAGUCACGUGGUUUCCCGAAAAAGGUUGGACUUUUCACAUCACCCCAUCUCAUCGCUGUCCGCGAAAGAAUCCGGAUCGAUUCAGCACCCAUAUCCGCUCCUCUAUUUGCAAAAUACUUCUUUGAGGUUUGGGAUCGUCUGGAAGCAGCAGCAGCUUCUUCGAGCAAACCGUUCGAGAAGCCUGUUUAUUUUAGGUACCUGAAUUUGAUGUCUUAUCACGUUUUCCUCCAAGAGGGCGUUGAUGUUGCGAUUUACGAGGUUGGAGUUGGUGGCGAGUAUGAUUCAACAAAUAUUGUGGAUCAACCGGCCGUGACGGGUAUCUCGUCGCUAGGGAUUGACCAUGUGUUUACACUAGGAGAAACGCUUGACAAAAUUGCAUGGCACAAAGCUGGAAUUCAGAAGGCGUUAGUCCCAUCAUUUACAGUGCAACAAAGGCCAGAAGCAAUGAAAGUAUUAGAAAAGAGGGCUCUAGAGAAACGAGUGGAGUCUCUCAGGAUAGUCGAUUUAGACCCAAGACUAACAAUAGUGAAAAUAAAACCUGCGGCAGAUUUUCAGAGAGGAAACGCAAGUCUUGCCAUAUGUUUAGCUGAAACAGUUCUGAAAAAAUUGGAUCCUCAGUUCAGCACAUUCGAGAAUUUCCUACCACAAAAAUUCGUAGAUGCUUUAGAGCAAGUUAUCUGGCGUGGAAGAUGCGAAACAAAGGUCGAUGGAAACAUCACCUGGUAUCUAGACGGCGCACAUACCGCUGAUAGUAUUGUAGUCGCGGCAAAAUGGUUUAGUGACGAGGUAGCAAAAAAGUAAGUUUUAAUUAACUACCUACCUUGAGCUCAUGUUUCUAAUCAGCUCUAGAAAUGGCCCUCGAGUUUUAAUUUUCAACCAACAAGGUCAUCGUGAAGCCAUAGGGUUACUCGAGGGUCUUCACAGCGCAACUAAAGGAUCCGUUAAAUUCGACCACGUCAUAUUCUGCACAACCUCAAUCCAGAAAGAAAAUGCAUCCACAAAAGGUAAAUAGCGCAUCGCCCACACCAACGGAAUAUCUACUGAUUCCACCAGAUUUCGUCAAUCUUUCCUACGAUCCCAAAUCGAUAUCUGAACUUACGAUGCAGAAAGCCUUUGCGGAAAAAUGGCGCUCGUUGGAUUCAAACCCUGAUACCGCUGUACAGGUUCUUCCAAGUGUAGAAGAUGCGUUUGAAUAUGUGCGGGGUUUGUCCACGGAUGAUGCGCAUGCUCAAGUUUUAAUUACUGGAAGUGUGCAUUUGGUUGGCAGAGCACUGGGGAGUUUGGAAUCGAGGGAUGCAUUGUAGAGGAUUAAAAGUAGUAACAUGAAGAAGUAGUGGUGGCGAAAGACGCGCCUGUAUCUCACUCAACAUACAAGGUAUAGGUCACGAAAUAUCCUAGGGUUCAUGAUUAUAUGUAUAUGAUAUUAUUGUUCAACCAAUAU